UCACUUACUUUUCCUUCAAACCACCAUCCCCAAAAAACUCUGAAUCCUUUCUCUUUCUCUUCAUUUUUUUAUUAUCUGACUAGUAGUGACAAGUAGUCCCUGGAAAAUUAAUUACUCGAUCUCUCAGUCUCUCAACUUUAAUUUUUUUCCCUAUGGCAGUGUUCUUUCAACCCUAGUGGGGAUCCUACUAAAAAGCCUACUAUUGCCUUACCAACACAAAUCAUAAGUCACUCAUGAUAUAAUCAAAGCCCUUAAUAAAACCCUUCCUUUUCACCUCUUUCAAUUCAUUCCUUUCCAUUCCCCCCUUCAUCAAUUCUUUGCUUUUCUGAACUCGUGUUUUUCCACAUCACAUCCCCAAUUAAACUCUCAAGUACUCUCACCCCUUCUAGCUAUUAAUAAUUUCAUUACCUUUUGUAUAUUUCACCCCCUGAAAAACAAACCUAUUAGCUAGAUCUUCUAUUCUCCAUGUUCACUAAUUCACAAACGGUAAUGCAAACCUUACUAUCAUCACCUUCGGCGGAGCCAGACCUCUCCUUAAACAUAAGCCCUCCCUCUAUUUCAGAUUCCGAAGCAGCCAAAGAUGUUGUUGGAAGCUUUGGAAAAGUGCUUUACAGUGAUAUUUGUUCAACUUCUGAUUCGGGUAGUAGUGGAGGAAGUGAUUUGAGCCACGAGUUCCACAACCUUGGUCAUCAUCAUCAUCGUGAGCCCACAUUGAAGUUAGGCUUUGGAACCGUGGAUUUGAAUCCGCAUCAUCAUCAAGUACAAGGUGUUCCAAGAAGCUUCAAUCACCACCACCACCUCCUUCAACCUCACAUCUAUGGCCGCGAUUUCAAACGAAGCGCAAGAGUAGUUAAUGGGGUCAAAAGAAGCGUUAGAGCUCCUAGGAUGAGAUGGACCACAACCCUCCAUGCCCAUUUUGUUCACGCGGUUCAACUUCUUGGUGGCCAUGAAAGAGCAACUCCGAAGUCUGUGUUAGAGUUAAUGAAUGUUAAGGAUCUAACCCUAGCACACGUCAAGAGUCACUUGCAGAUGUAUAGAACAGUGAAGAGCACUGACAAAGGCAUCAGUACUGCAGGUCAUGGGCAGACAGAUAUUGGAUUGAACCCAAGGCUAGGGAUUAAUGUUCAUCUGCAUGCACCUUCACCUAUUUGUGACACACCGAAUUUACCAGACCCAAUUCAAAAUUCACACAGGACACCGUGGCAAUCAUCAAUAGAGACAAAAACAGACAACAGUAGACAAGAAGAACCCGAAAUCGGUUUGACGUAUUCUCACCUCAAGGGAAAUAAUAAUAAUGAAACCAUGGUGGAUGGGCACAACAAUUCUGGAGGGUUGGAUUCUUCCCCUUUGUCACGUUCCUCCGAGGCAAUGCUUGACCUUGAAUUCACCCUUGGAAGGCCCAAUUGGCAAAAAGACCACCCCGAAUCAUCAAGAGAGUUAACUCUUCUCAAGUGUUAGAAUCAAAUUAAGGGUGUUGUUAAUUAUUAUUCUUAAAGAUAUUAGUUAAGGAACCAAAAGAAAAAAAAAUAUUUAUUUUAAAAAUCAUAGGAGAUUGAAAAAAUUUUUAUGGACAAUAUAAUUUUAUAAUUCUCAAUAUUUUUUUUAAUUUCUUAACCAAUGUCUUAAGAAUAUAUAUUAAUAUUUAUCCUAAUUAAAUAAACACAACACUACAUCACACAUUAAUUCACAUCACACCCCCUUAAAUUUCCUUGUCAUUGAAACACCGUACUAGAUGAUAUAUGUGGAGGGAAGAAAUUAUAAGAGAUGAAGGGAAAUUAUUCCUUGUGAAUGAUUUUUUAUUGGUGAUGUAUAUCGUUCUGAGUUGUGUCUGGGGAGAGAUGAGGAAUGGGAUAAAAGGGUUUUGCUAGAAAA